AUGCCUCCUCCGUCACCUCCUCCACCGCCGUCUUUUCGAACUGCUCCCACUCCAUCACGCCCGGCGCCACCCGUCGUUUCUGAGAACCCUCCAGUUGGAACGCUACUCCUUGAGCUUCUCAUAUAUAGCGGAGCCCCUUUCAAUGAUCAUUGGGCAUACUUCAUACGAUCAAGCUCCAGCCCCAACACAGGUGUUUACAUCGACGCUCAGGGCGAUGUGAGGAACGGCUUUGAACUUCAGCUUAACAGAGACCACGAUCUCUCACAAGAUUCACCUCGUCCAUCUUCGCGGAUUCCACUGCAGUGGAUUGAAAGUCGACCCACCGAUGAACAGGCCAUACUUGACGGUGAAGACGGCAUGGGCGAUCAAUUAGAACCGCUGUCCGAAUUCGAGAGAAGUGUGUCCAAUGUGAAGGCACCUGUCAAAACACUCAAUACUGUCAGACAAACUGGUCUACCUCGGAGAGUCGUGCAAAGAAACUGUCAGACCUGGAUAGUAGAAGCUGCGGAUCAGCUGGUUGAGGAUGGCAUAUUGCACCCGGAUGUCGCCGCAUAUCUUCAUUCGACCAAGCAGGUUAUGUGA